AGGAGUUGCAAAGCCUUAGGCAAGAAAGCAAGCCAGCAGCAUAUACAUAUUUGAAUCACAUAGAAGCAAGACCUAGUUCUUAGAGGUUCCGCAACAAUGCGGCAAAUGACAACCAUUUCGGUUGGCAUUGUUGUGCUCGCCGCACUUGUUUUGGCAUCCGAGGGUCGCAUUGCCCGGAAGGACUUAGGUCUGGACCUUGAUCUGGGCCUAGGGACCGGUACAGAGGUUGACAUUGGCAUAGGUGGUGCUAUUGGUGGUGCCGGCUCCGGCUCUGCAUCGGGGUCUGGUUCUGCGGCUGGAUCAGGGUCGGGAUCAGCCUCUGGUUCCGGGUCUGGCUCGGGGUCUGGUUCGGGCGCUGCAUCAUCGGCAGGUUCGGGUGCAGUUUCUGGUGGAGGAUCCUAUGCUGGGUCCGGUGCAGGCUCGGGCUCAGGUGGAGCCUCUGGCUCUGGUGCUGGUUCAGGCUCAGGUGGAGCCUCUGGCUCUGGUGCUGGUUCAGGCUCAGGUGGAGCCUCUGGCGGAGCUUCUGGCUCUGGCGCUGGUUCAGGUGCAGGCUCAGGCUCAGGUGGAGCCUCUGGCGCUGGUGCUGGUUCAGGCUCAGGUGGAGCCUCUGGUGGAGCAUCUGGAUCCGUUGCUGGUUCAGGCUCAGGUGGAGGCUCUGGCUCUGGUGCCGGUUCGGGAUCUGGUUAUGGUCAGGGGCAGGGUAAAGGAGAAGGCCAAGGCCAAGGAUCUGGAUAUGGCCAGGGUUCCGGCUCGGGCCAUGGACAAGGUUCGGGCUCUGGUUCGGGUUAUGGUGAGGGACAUGGUGAAGGUUAUGGCCAAGGACGUGGUGCGGGAUCAGGAUACGGUGAGGGCCAUGGCGAAGGUUAUGGUCAAGGAAGUGGUGUCGGGCAAGGAUCCGGAUACGGUGAGGGCCAUGGCGAAGGUUAUGGACAAGGAAGUGGUGUCGGGCAAGGAUCUGGAUAUGGCGAAGGUCAUGGCCAAGGAUCUGGUUCAGGCUCUGGCUAUGGUGAAGGCUCUGGUAGUGGUUAUGGAAAUGGGGCUGGCUCGGGCUACGGUGAAGGUCACGGAUAUGGGUAUGGAUCUGGACAUGGCAAAUGAUUUCAGACGCAGACUACUUAAUAAUGUAUGAUUGUCUCAAGCUUCAUAUUUACACUUGGACAUCAUCUAUGUGUGUGUGCCUGCGAUUCUAAGGAACCGAGUCUAACUAAAUUGGUGGGGGGUCAAAUGUGUAAUCCUAUCAUCUAGGUUCAAGUCUUUGACUCAAACUUUAGAGUAUAUGUUCCACCCGUUGUAUUAAUAGUACAUGUAGGUUCUCCUACAUGUGCUUUAAUAUGCACUUAUUUAUAAAUAAAUUCCAUGUUGAGUGAAUAA